AUGAACCCAGGUUAUGCUGGCCGCUCUGAACUACCAGACAAUCUAAAGGUGUUGUUUCGUACAGUGGCCAUGAUGGUGCCAGACUAUGCCAUGAUUGGAGAGAUCUCUCUCUACUCUUAUGGUUUUGUGGAUGCUCGUAAUCUGGCCGUCAAGAUUGUCAUGACCUAUGGACUGUGUUCAGAGCAACUCUCCAGCCAACUCCAUUCUGACUAUGGCAUGCGUGCAGUCCAGUCAGUGUUGGUGGCAGCCGGUCAUCUGAAACUGAAGUACCCUAACGAACAUGAAGAUGUGUUACUGCUCAGAUCCAUCAUGGACGUCAACCUACCCAAGGUAUGGUACUAUAAGCUAGGAGAGGCCUACCGCAAGACCAAGGCCCUAGAGGUACAUGUACUAGCUGACACACUCACACUAAUCAAUGAGAGGGGACAGAUUGAAGAGAACAAGACAGGUUAUAGAGUCAUCAACCCCAAGGCUGUCACUAGGGGUCAACUGUUUGGUCAGUUUGACCCUGUGUCACACGAGUUGACUGAUGGUGUGGUAGCCAACACAUUCAGGGAGUUUGCACCUGCACAAAAUGAUGACCGUAAGUGGGUGGUGUUUGAUGGUCCUAUAGACACUCUGUGGAUGGAGUCCAUGAACACUGUACUGGAUGACAACAAGAAGUUGUGUCUCAUGUCGGGGGAGAUCAUUCAAAUGAGCAACUGUAUGAACCUCAUCUUUGAAGCAGAUGAUCUGUCACAAGCCUCGCGUUUCUUGUCAGCUGAGCUGCUCUGGAGCAAGGGCUGUGAUGAGUGUAAGAGUGGCUACAGGAUGGAGGAGAACAUCUGCGUGGGCCAAGUGCCUUGAGUGGCUUCUCAAGACGGUGAAGAAGAGGAACGAACAGUCGGAAGUGACGGAGAUACUGGAUGAGUCCGGUGUGACCCCCGCCCACUUUGCAGCACUGGGAGAACACCUCGACUAUCGACAGGACUUUGGUGGUGUGUGUGCAAGUCUGUAUGAGAGUGUGUCACUGGGAGAAUUGCUACUGCUAGUGUCUACCGUAUAGCCGGGGUCAAGUACCUGUGCGGAAGACGCCCCCUGAACCACCCACUACCCCUAAACAAUCGUCCCCCUGUACCCCCGGAUCCUGCUGCUAAGAAGAGGUCGCGAGAGUCAAAGGACAGAGGUCAUGAGGCGGCAGAUAAAGGGGAGGACCAUAAUACCAUUGACUAUGGAACAGCCACCCCCCAAGAAGUGUUAGAGUGAGU